ACAGUGGGUCUAUCACUUAAAACAACAUGACAAAGGGAAGUUUCGUUUGACCAUCCUACUCUAGAUUCUUACGUUAAAGCACUCAACCACGUUUGCAAAAGAAUAUGUAUUUGUUGACUAUAUAACUGGGUGUGCUGGUAUUUCUACCCUGUUGUGAAGGUUUUGGGGUAGUCAAAGCUGCAAGAGCUUGAAGCUUAAAACCUGAAACCCAACCAACAAUGGCGAAUGCUUCAGUUGUUCCGUCGGGAUACCUGCAAGGCCCUCCCGUUGCGCCGGAGUGGCUGAACAAGGGCGACAACGCAUGGCAGAUGAUAUCCGCGGCUCUAGUGGGUAUGCAAGGCAUGCCCGGGCUAGUGAUCCUUUAUGCAGGCAUUGUGAAGAAGAAAUGGGCACUCAACUCAGCUUUCAUGGCACUAUUUGCCUUCGCAGCCGUCAUGCCUUGCUGGGUGCUGUGGGCUUACAAGAUGUCGUUUGGUCAUAAGCUUCUUCCGUUUUGGGGGAAAGCUGGCCUCGCCGUUUCCCAGGACUUCUUGAUCGCACAAGCCGUCCUCCCCUCCACAAACUACAAAAAUAUAACUCAAGACGCUACACUUUUGUACCCCACGGCCACCAUGGUCUUCUUCCAGUAUGCCUUUGCGGCUGUGACUGUAAUACUACUUGCCGGGUCGGUUCUCGGUCGGAUGAGCAUCAAAGCUUGGAUGGUCUUUGUGCCGCUAUGGAUCACUUUCUCCUACAGCGUCGGAGCAUUCAGCGUGUGGGGCGGCGGCUUCCUCUAUCAAUGGGGUGUGAUGGAUUAUUCCGGCGGUUAUGUUGUCCAUUUAGCUUCCGGUGCAGCAGGAUUCACAGCAGCUUAUUGGGUUGGACCAAGAUUGAGGGAAGACCGGGAAGAAUUCCCACCUAACAAUCUCUUACUCUCACUUGCUGGGGCUGGAAUUCUUUGGAUGGGUUGGACUGGUUUCAAUGGCGGAGAUCCUUUCUCCGCCAAUGUGGAUUCCUCUAUGGCCGUUCUCAACACUCACAUCUGUGCAUCCACUAGUCUCCUGGUAUGGACAUGCUGGGAUGUGAUCUUCUUCAAGAAGCCCUCUGUGAUUGGGGCCAUCCAGGGAAUGAUAACAGGGUUGGUCUGUAUUACUCCUGGCGCAGGUCUCGUUCAGGGCUGGGCUGCACUGGUAAUGGGGAUAGUUUCCGGGACCAUUCCCUGGUACACCAUGAUGGUUUUGAGCAAGAAGCUGCCGUUUCUGCAGGUGGUUGACGACACCCUUGGUGUCAUCCAUACUCACGCUGUUGCCGGAGUUUUGGGCGGAGCUCUUACCGGACUCUUUGCUCACCCGGACCUCUGUAGCUUGUUCCUGCCGAUCCCAAAGUCAAAAGGGGCCUUCUAUGGCGGCAGGGGUGGAGUACAAUUUUGGAAGCAGUUGGCGGGAGCAUGUUUUAUAAUAGGUUGGAAUGUAGUAGCCACAUCCAUCAUACUCUGUGGUAUUAAACUUCUACUGCCCCUUCGAAUGACUGAGGCAGAGCUCAAGAUUGGGGACGAUGCAGCUCAUGGAGAAGACGCCUACGCUCUUAUUGGCCAAGGACAAAGGGAAAAAUAUACACAAAAUGGUAAGAAUAAUGACGCCUUCCAGAGUGAAGACGCGGUCUGAUGUUGGAUUUAAGGAAAUGUACAAACAUCAAUUAGCAAUCACAUGAACCACAGAAUAGAUUGAAAAA